CCUUGGCUCCUUCUGCAAAAACUAACGCACACACAUCACAGUUUCUUUCGCACCACUAGCACUUCAUUGAGUUCAUUUCACAGUUCCUAUUCGUACCAAAUGACAACCACCAAUACGAGUUUCUCUCUCUAGAACCACCGAAGCGAAGAAGAAGAGAGAAGAGAAUCACGGUUUCGCCAUGGACGCGGCAUCGCAGCUCGUCUCCUGCGGAAUCGAUCCCUUCCAUCGCGCCUCCUCUCCUUCCCCGCGCCACCGCCGCCACAGCAACCUCCUCCUCCUACGCCGUCGCUCCAGCCGUGUCUUCGCCGUCUCCGCCGAGCCGAAACCCGCCGUCAACGGAGCAAACUCGAGGCCGCCUCCGACCAGAGCCGUCAAUGGCGGCGUCUCCACGAGAAUUGGAGAUGUUUCGAAGGAGAUUAAGAGAGUGAGGGCGCAAAUGGAAGAGGAUGAACAGUUAGCGACGCUCAUGAGGGGUCUUCGAGGCCAGAAUUUGAGGGACUCGCUCUUCGCUGAGGACGAUGUUGAACUUCGUCUUGUUGAGGUAGACGAGAGUAGUGAGUUUUUGCCAUUGGUGUAUGAUCCUGCCAGCAUUUCUGCAUAUUGGGGAAAACGUCCACGCGCGGUUGCAACGCGCAUUGUGCAGUUGCUAUCAGUUGCAGGAGGUUUUCUUUCUCGCAUUGCCGGGGAUGUGAUUAACAAGAAGGUUAAAGAGAAUGAAGUUGCUAGGGCCAUUGAGUUACGUGAAAUUGUGACAUCUUUGGGUCCAGCGUACAUAAAACUCGGGCAAGCAUUGAGCAUUCGACCUGAUAUACUGUCACCCGUAGCAAUGACGGAGCUGCAGAAGCUAUGUGAUAAAGUUCCUUCAUUUGCAGAUGAUGUGGCUAUGGCUCUAAUUGAGGAGGAGCUUGGUCAGCCAUGGCAAAACAUCUAUUCUGAACUAUCAUCUUCUCCCAUUGCAGCUGCAUCUCUUGGACAGGUAUACAAGGGUCGCCUAAUGGAAAAUGGGGAUUUGGUGGCUGUUAAAGUGCAAAGACCUUUCGUUCUUGAGACAGUUACAAUAGAUUUAUUUAUUAUUAGGAACCUGGGUUUGGCUCUUCGAAAGUUUCCUCAGGUCUCCAUUGAUGUGGUUGGGUUGGUUGAUGAGUGGGCUGCUCGAUUUUUUGAGGAGUUAGACUAUGUGAAUGAAGGUGAAAAUGGAAACCGUUUUGCAGAAAUGAUGAGGAAAGACCUACCACAGGUUGUCAUACCAAGAACCUACCAUAAAUAUACAUCAAGGAGGGUUCUUACGACAGAAUGGAUUGAUGGAGAGAAGCUGUCACAGAGCACAGAAAGUGAUGUUGGAGAACUGGUUAAUGUUGGAGUCAUCUGCUAUCUAAAACAGCUUCUAGAUACUGGAUUUUUUCAUGCUGAUCCACACCCGGGAAAUUUGAUCCGCACUCCUGAUGGAAAACUUGCCAUACUUGACUUUGGGCUUGUUACAAAACUGACUGAUGAUCAAAAGUAUGGAAUGAUCGAAGCAAUUGCUCAUCUCAUCCAUCGGGAUUAUCCAGCCAUAGUAAAAGACUUUGUUAAACUUGGUUUUAUUCCCGAUGGAGUCAAUUUGGAGCCUAUCUUACCAGUUCUUGCCAAGGUUUUUGAUCAGGCCUUAGAAGGUGGAGGGGCAAAAAACAUCAAUUUUCAGGAGCUGGCAUCAGAUUUAGCUCAAAUUACCUUUGAUUAUCCUUUUAGGAUACCCCCAUACUUUGCCCUUAUAAUUAGAGCUAUUGGGGUUCUGGAAGGGAUAGCUUUAGUAGGAAAUUCUGAAUUUGCCAUUGUUGACGAGGCUUAUCCUUAUAUUGCACAGAGGCUCCUCACAGAUGAAUCUCCUCGGCUAAGGGAUGCUCUGCGUUACACUAUAUAUGGGAAAUCUGGGGUUUUUGAUGCUGAAAGAUUUAUUGAUGUCAUGCAAGCCUUUGAGAAUUUUAUUACUGCUGCCAAAAGUGGCGGUGGAGAGAACAUGAAUGGGAAUAUGGCUGAACUUGGGAUUCUUUCUACUAGUCAGUCAGAAUAUUUGUUGCCAGGAUUCCAAUCUGUCAUUCCUCUAUCACAGCAGCCAGUGCAAACAAGGGCAGCUUUAGCGUUUUUGUUGUCUGACAGGGGGAAUUUUUUCCGAGAAUUUCUUUUGGACGAGAUCGUCAAGGGCAUCGAUGCAGUAACAAGGGAACAACUGGUGAGAGUAAUGUCCUUGCUAGGAGUUCAGAAUGUAACCCCUGUUUUCAGCAUGGUACCUACAGUGGGACCCUUUAAGCCUGCGGCUCUUAUACCCACCAUAACUGAAGAGGAUGAAGUUAUAUUGAACAAUGUCCAGAUGGUGGUGGAGUUCUUGACUGCUGGAAGUUCCCUAUCAAGAACAUCUGGUCAGCUAAAAAGGUUCGACAUACUUAUUUAUCCAUCUAUUUGGUUGUGGGUGGCCAUAGGCACUGAAUAUUCCUCAGAUUAUCCAAGAGCUUCUCCCAGUGUUACCAGGCAUCUCUGUUAAAGUGCUUCCGGAGGUUGUUAGCAGAUUAUCUUCUCGGGUUUUAGCACGAUUAAUUCGUGAUACAUUUUUGUAAGAGAAUUCUGUCUACCUUACUGCACACAAUUGUGUAUAUUUUGACAGUUGUUCAAAAAUUGUAUAUAUGACCAUUAUUUUACAUAUUUUCAUGUUGCAGAAAAUUCUUAAUUACAUAUUUUACAUAUUUUCAAAACUCACUUUACCUCA